AUGGCUCCUUCUACACCUCCUCAUUUUCAGCUAACUAGAGAUGAGCGCCUACAGAUUUUAACUCUGCGCUCAGUAAAUAUGAAAUAUGCAAAUAUUGCAAAACACCUAGGGGUCUCUAUAUGUCAGGUCCAACUAGUCUGUCAGGCUGGUCACCCUACUCCCUCUAAAAGAUCCGGCCGACCCUUGGUAAUGAAGGAUGAGGAAAUUGACAAUCCGAUUAGAUUUUUCACCUCAUCGCGGUAUGCAAGAUACCUAACUUACAGAGAAUUAGCCUUACAUCUUGAUCUAGGCUAUUCUGAAUGGGCAAUCCGAUCAGCCUUACUUUCGAAAGGCUCUCAAAGAUACAUUGCUCGAAGAAAACCACCACUAUUCCCUGAGAAUAAAUGGAAACGACUUCCCUGGGCACAGGGACACCUUAGCUGGUCUCCUAGUCAAUGGGAAGCUAUACUAUGGUCCGAUGAAAUAUGGGUAUAUCCAGGUCGCCAUACACUAUUCUUGGAGAAGCAAUGGGGUACAAUCAAUGCCCAAGGCUAUAUUCAACAUAUAGUUCUUCUUAUAACAGAGUAUACCCAUCAUUAUCCUUAUCUUCAACUAGUACAGGAUGGUGCUCCAGGCCAUGGUGCUCAAUCUACUAUACCAGAGCUUCAGAAAGGUGGAGUCCAUAUCGUUAGAUGGCCACCUUUCUCUCCUGAUCUCAAUCUAAUUGAUAUGGUUAAUUUCCCUGAAAAGAUGACACUCUCAGAGCUUAGGAUAGCCCUUGGAGAAGCUGGGAUGCUGUUCCAGGUGAUUUUCUGCAAGAUCUACUGGAAUCUAUGCCUGAAAGGUGCCGUGCAAUUAUUGAGGCAGGUGGUGGUCAUACUAAAUUUUGAUAUCAAUGUGCGUGGAAUUAUUAUUUAG